AUGCAGCAUCGAUACGAGCAGACCCGGAAGAGGAUAAUGGGAGACGAGGUGGAAGAGAUCGCUCGAACAGGUUCAGCCAGAACACAGAGAGCUCGGGUCAGGUUCCAGGCACGCCAGAGGAGGAGACGCGGCAUAUGUGCAGCAAUCCGCUCUGCACUGAGCCAGGAUGACCGACCAUUUACGCAAGUGAGCCUGGGCUCGAUGAAACUGAUGGGUUUGCUGGAUACAGGGGCAUCAGUCAGCCUGCUGGGAAGAGGUGGAAAGGAGUUAAUUGACGAAUUAGAACUGAAACUUCAAGAGUCCACGAAAUCCUCAGUACAAACCGCAGGAGGCACGCCUCAUCAAAUCCUGGGUCAUGUGACGGCAUUGAUGACCUACGGAGGCCAGAAGCAUACCAUGGAAUUGUUCCUGUGUCCCUCGCUGAAACAGCCUUUGUACCUGGGAGUCGAUUUCUGGCAGAAAUUUGGACUGGCGCCGCAGAUAGUAAGCCGGGAACAAGGAGAAGAGGUAGCUGAAAUCGAGGCCGAACUGCUGACGAGGAGUAGACCGAUGGAACCCCACGAGUUGACACACUCCCAACAGACACGGCUGGACCAAGUGAAGGAGAAGUUUCGGUCGUUCGAUGCACACGGUCUAGGGAGAACGAAGAUCGAAAAUCACGAGAUACGCCUAGUCGAGGGGGCAGUACCCGUCAAGGAGCGCUUCUAUCCGGUAUCCCCGGCAGUGCAGGAGUUGUUGUUUGCGGAGGUUGAUGAGAUGCUGCGCCUAGGAGUCAUCGAACUCAGCGAAAGUCCGUGGAGCAAUUGGGUGAUGCUAAGCAUCGAAUCGAUCCUGAGCCGGGUGGAGGACACCGUGUUCAUUAGCAGCAUUGACUUGAAGCACGCCUUUUGGCAGAUGGCAGCCCGAAAGUCGAACGUAUACAGCAUUUACGCACAGCAGCUGUGUCGAUUAAUGGACCGCGUGAUUCCCCAGCGAGUACGAAGCCAUGUCUUCGUAUAUUUGGAUGACCUGCUAGUCAUUUCCCGGACGUUCGAGGAACACAUGAAGCUGUUGGAGGAGGUGGCAAAGUGUCUCAAUGAGGCGAAUUUGACAAUCGGGAAAAAGAAGUCGAGUGUGAUGCGAGCCACGUGGGGAUUGGAGCAAGAUUCAUCCACAAGUAUGAAUUACAGCGUUCCUGAAAAAGAGUGUUUAGCUGCGGUGAAGGCAAUAGAGAAGUUCCGGGCUUACGUAGAGCUGAUGCCAUUCACGGUGAUAACGGAUCACGCAAGCUUGCAGUGGCUGAUGAAGUUCAAGGCGCUGGAUGGGAGACUAGCUAGAUGGUCAUUAGCUCUCCAGGCGUAUGAUUUCGAGAUAGAGCACCCCAAGGGGAAGGACAACGUAGUCGCGGAUAUGCUGUCCCGUCCGUUUGACGUAGAGGCGAUCGACUUCCUGGACUUCGACACCACAGCAUUCGAAGCCGAGGAAUACCAGGGGAGGAUAGAGACAGUUCAGCAGGAUAGGGACAACUUUCCAGACCUGAAGGUGGAGGAUGGCCUGCUGUUUAGGCGUACACAAUUUGCCCGGCCAGAGUUGGAGGAGUUCCAGUGGAAGCUGUGGAUUCCAGAAGCACUGACGAACACGCUGAUCCAGGAGGCACACGAUAGCGACGUGGCAAUGCAUGGAGGUAUCGCGAGGACACUGGGACGCCUGCGGCAGUAUUACUAUUGGCCCCGUAUGACAGUACAGGUGAAGGCGUACGUGACCGGCUGUGAAACCUGUAGGGAGACAAAGCACUCAACGCAGAUUAAACGUCCACUCAUGGGGGCGGAAACAGUAACCGAGAGGCCGAUCCAAAAGCUUUAUCUUGAUUUUUUGGGUCCAUAUCCUAGAACGAGAAGCGGGAAUGUGGUCAUACUGAUAGUCCUCGACCACAUGACGAAAUAUGUUUGGCUAAAAGCCAUGUCGAAGGCCACUUCCGCAGUCGUAAUCCGAUUCCUACGAGAAGAGGUCUUCCCGCAGUUUGGAGUGCCCGAAACGGUACACACCGAUAAUGGCAAGCAGUUUGUGUCGGCGGAAUUCACACAAUUCCUGAACAAGAGGAGCAUUACCCAUAUGAGAUCGGGGAACUAUGCCCCUCAGGCAAACGCAGCAGAACGCGUAAACCAGACAGUCCAGGCAGCCAUCCGGACAUACGUAGGCGACGAUCAUACGCGCUGGGAUGAGAAGCUCACGGAGAUACAGUGUGCGGCCAGGAGUGCGAUACACACAGGCAUCGGCACGUCACCAUACUUCGUGCUGUUCGGACAGCACAUGUUCACCAGCGGGCGGGACUACAAACUAGCACGGAGGCUGGGAGCCCUGAACGAUGCGCAGGUAUCACUCGUGGCAAGACAAGACCAGCAGGAGAUCAUCCGCGAUGAGGUCCGGAAGAAUUCGCAUGAGGCCUACAAGAGAGCGAAGAAACGCCAGGAGACGACGACGGCGCAGGAAGGAGGAGACGACUGCAGCGGACACGGCAGACCCCAGGCCGGAAAGCCACGAGACGAGGACUGCGGGCCGCACGGAUCCGCCCAUCGACAGACGGCAGCCUGA